UGUUCGCGCUGUUCCAUCGCUGUUCAUCGUCACCCGUCAUAACCGCGAUAACCUUACAUGACAAUUAAAGAUAUAAAUAAUAAUUUCGAUUUGACGCACUUACGUGCACUCUAAACUAAAUUAGGUUUUUUAAAAUCUAUUAAGAUGCAGAAGAAUUUAUUUUGUGUAAGAAAAUAUCGAUUCUUUGCUCGUGAAACUACGCUGGACGCGAACUCAGACUGUUUUCGAAACUGUCAUAUUUGGUUACAACAAUAGUUGAUGUAUACAUUAUUAUUUUCUUUUUAUAUUAUUAAAACCUGUUGCAGUCAGGGUUAGGAUGUUGUCGCGCAAAAAUAAAGAUUUACGGACAAUUAAGGAAGGCGUAGUAGGAAAAUAUGUCAAAAAGGAAACUCCACCCGAAAUGCCUAUUAUCAAUGUCUGGAGCACGGAACCAAAUAGAAGACCGAGAAGACACAAUAAUCAGCAAACUCUUUCUACUUCUAUGCAGUUGAUGUCUCAGCAACCAAGUAUGGUUCAAAAAUUCGGCAACACCAAAACCACAGAGAGUGCAGUAGGAUUAGGAAGCCACGAAGGAAAAUACACUCCGAAUAGUUCCGUCCCAGAUUUAGCUCAAAGAUUUCAAAGUCUCUCGGUACAUUCUGGAUCGAGUGACGGAAUGUCUUUGCGAGCAGCAACGCCUUUAUACCAUCCGGGAUUAUCACCAGCCAUGUCCCAUACAUAUGUUAAUCAAUAUGCAGGUUCCGAAUACCAUUUGGAUAGAGUUCAAACACCACAGAUGCCUUUUCUCCCUUUUGAGAUUGAAGCUGGAUACGGAGACUUUAAUCAACCUGCCUUUCGACAAAUUGCUGGAUAUAGUAGAACGCAUUCUGAAAUGUCGAGUUCGAGAAGCGAACCAGCAGAAGAACUCCCUUUACCGCUAGGAUGGUCUAUGGAUUUUACUCUCCGAGGUAGAAAGUAUUAUAUUGAUCAUAAUACAAAAACCACUCACUGGUCCCAUCCUCUGGAAAAAGAAGGUUUACCUACGGGCUGGGAACGGAUAGAAUCCCCGGAGUAUGGAGUUUAUUAUGUAAAUCACAUUACGAGACAAGCGCAGUACGAACAUCCAUGUUAUUCUCACGAAAUUCAAGCAAUUCGUGUUGUUUCUCCACCACAACACACUCAUUUCCAUUCUCACAGCGUUUUAGUUCCAGCCAAUCCGUAUCUCAACGAAGAAAUACCUCUUUGGCUUCGCGUUUAUAGUAAAGCUUCUGUCGCUUUAGAUCGUAAACUUCGCUGGGAAUUAUUUCGUUUACCUGAGUUGGACUCCUAUAAUGCUAUGCUCACGAGACUUUAUAAAAAAGAACUCGAGAAUAUCGUCAUGAGAUAUGAAGCAUACAGAUCUGCGCUGCUCUGUGAAAUGGAACGAAGGCUAAAAGAUUUGAAUCCAGAAUCAAGUAACUCGAACGCUGGAGCACUUGUUUUACGUCGAUCAUUGCCCUAAUUAUACUAGAAAAAUGGAGAGAAAUAUGAAAUCGGGAUGAGGAUGAAGCUAAGUCCCAAAUCGUUGACUGAAGAAGCGCCUCUUUGGCAAGAAUAAAAUUAACUAUACAUAAUUGAAACUUUUUCGAGGAUUUGUCCAAGAGGUGCAGAAUAUUGAAAAGUUAUUUUUUGUACGGUAUUUUAUGAAAUAGCGUCCCUAUUUACAAUAGUAGAAUUUACCUAUACAUACAAGAUUGUAAGAAAUGAAGAGAAGGAAUUAUUAAAAACUUGUACUC